CCUCUUCUCUCUAGUCUCUGACCCUGCCAAACCAAACAGAACCCACACGUCCAUGGCCUCCGACGACCUCUUCGACGGCCUGCCUCCGCCCGCCGCCGCCCCGGCCGGCGGCGGAACUGGCGCGGCCUCCCUCUCUCCUCCUCCUCCUCCUCCUCCGGCGCCAGCGCCGGCACCGGCACCGAAGCCCGCGCUUAAGAGCUCCCUCAAGCGGACCAAGCCCUCCCCCUCCGCCGACGCUACUACCUCUUCCCCAUCGGCUGCCGCGCCCGAAUCCCAUGUUCCUGAGAAACGUCUUCGGUUCAGAACAACCGUUGAUGCAUCAGAAACACAAGUGAUUGAGGCUAUGCAAAAGAUAGCUUCACACAUAGGGAAUACUUCAAAAUUCAGCAAGGCAUCAAAACUAGCUUUGCAACUUAUUGAAGCUGGAAGCGUCAAGCCUGGAACAAUCAGUCAUUUCUUUGCUAUACUAGAGGCUGCGAUGUCUUCACCGGGAGCAUGCAAUGAGCCUUCUGUACGAGCAGACUACCACAAAUUGUUUGAUGCUGCUCAGGGUGUCACAGAGUUAUUCAACCAACAGCAGAAAAAUCAAUUCGACAUAUGGGUGCUGCAUGCUGUGGUGGCUAAUGAUCUUUUCACUGAUGACAGUUUUGUGUUCUCAAAGGCUGUAGGAAAGAUCAAAGAUGCCAUCUCAGCCCUGCCAGUGGCAACAGUGGAUGAUGACAAUGAUGAAGCUGCAGCUCUUGCUGCCGCAAGCAAAACUGACUCAGUGACGGACAAUAAAACUGAUCAUAGCGCCCCAGCUGCAGCUUCUAACUCUGUGGCAGAUGAUAGCACACAUGCUGCAGCCUCAGAGCCAGGAGAAGAAUCUUCUGAUCCUUUUGGUUUAGAUGGUCUCCUUGAGCACAAGCUGAAGAAGUCUGAGAGAGCUAGAGAAAAGGCAAUUGCAGCUCUGAACAGAAAAGCAGACGAGGAGGAAGCAAAAAGAUUCCUCAAGUCGCAGCGGGAGGCCCUUCUGAAAUGCCUGGAAAUAGCUGCUCGGCGCUACAGAAUCCCAUGGACGCAAACCGCCAUUGACAUCUUUGCGAAGCACGCGUACGACAACGUGACCCGGUUCACACGGCAGCAGCGGGACGCGAUUGUGAAGCUGUGGAACUCGAUCAAGGAGCAGCAGAUCCGGCGGAAGCAGGGCAAGUCGGUGAGCGGGAAGCUCGAUGUGAACGCCUUCGAGUACCUCCAGGAGAAGUACUCCCAUGAGAAGAUCAGCAUCCGGCAUAGCGUCGGCGGUGGCGGCGAGCGCCGGGCAACUGCGUGGCUCGGCUAGGACGGCCGGGUCGGCAGAGCCGUUGCUUCUUCUCCCUGGCGUAACAUGAUGAUCUGGUUGAGUUCAACAAGGACGGCGUUGGCCUGAUGCCCCCCCAUGGAUUUCGGUGCAGAGUGUGUGAUCAAUGCGGAUGAUGCCUCCUUUGCUUCAGCGACACGGCGUGGGAGUUGUUUGUGCUUGGUUUUUCGGAGAGGAGAGUUGACAUCUCCAUCCCCGUGAUCUCAUCUGUCAGCUCCGUAGCAUGGUGUAAUGUAACCUUGUGAAUGACUGACUGAAUGUGAAGGCUCUUGGUGUACGUAACGUAGCUGCACUGCACACCCAGGAGACGGGCCAACAACCGUGUGCACGUGUGGGCAAGUGCCCUGGCCUCGUGCGUGCACCGGGAAGUUUGAUUCGCUGCGUCGUCUCCUCUCCUCGUAACUGCAAUAAGUUUGAUUGUUGACAGGCAUGCGCCUGUAUUAUAAACGUGUGAUAUCAUGCUAGCAAGGUGUUAGCACGGUAUCGGUAUGGUUGGUUUGGUAGCAUGUGCUUGUUCCCUAGGAGGACAGAGUAUGUAUGGCGAUGGUGGCUUUCUGCUGCCGCUGCUGCUUGUGGUUGUUUUCU